AUGUACCAUAAUCGAUUAUUAUUUUCAUCCUGUGCUCAUCGCGAAUGUUUUCGUACCUUAACAUCAAUUCUUCGACGAUCUACGUCAUCAUCGAGUGUAACCAUUCAAGUUAGCCAUGUCGAUAACACACCAUCAAUUCGCCUCAUAGGAAUCAAUCGUCCGAAUAAACGAAACUGUGUCAAUCAUUCUACAGCACGUCAACUAUUUUCAGCUUUUCAGGAUUUUGAAAAUGAUUCUACGGUUCGCUUGGCAAUUCUGUAUGGUGAAGGCGGUUCAGCAUUUUGUGCCGGUUAUGAUUUAAGCGAAGUGGCCACCGCGAACAUUCCACUACCAAUGAAAUACAAUAAAGACGAACUUGCACCGAUGGGACCAAGUCGUAUGAAUUUGAAAAAACCAUUGAUCGCUGCCAUCGCUGGACCAUGUGUGGCGGGUGGUCUAGAAUUAUCUCUUCUAGCUGAUAUGCGUGUUGGUGAGCAAUCGUCCAAGUACGGUGUUCUUUGUCGUCGAUUUGGCGUUCCACUUAUUGAUGGUGGUACUGUCCGUCUACCACGUUUGAUUGGUCUUUCGCGGGCUCUCGAUUUGAUAUUAACAGGUCGAACAGUAGAUGCUCACGAAGCCUUUCAAAUCGGAUUAAUCAAUCGUCUUGUACCUGAUGGGCAAUGUUUAUCCGAAGCAAUUCAACUAGCUAAAGACAUACUUCGAUUCCCAUAUGAAUGUAUGAAUACAGAUCGACUUUCGGCCUAUUUCUCUGUUUCAAAUACAAUCGAUGAUAGUCUCAAACGAGAGUACGAAUAUGGCAGGGAAUUGAUCGAACGAGAAUCGAUACCUGGAGCCAAGCAUUUUGCUGAACAAAAGCAAGGACGGGGUGGAAAGUAUGAUGAUGUCAAAUAG